GGAAGGUAGAGGGUUUGUGUUCGUGCGCCGUCGGCGGAAAACGGUUGAAACGAUGGAAGCGGGAAAGUGUGAAUAUUAAACAGAGCGAAUAAGGGAGAGUGUGUGUUAGUGAGAUAGAGAAACACAGGGGCAGUGUUACACAGAGCCGGGUCACGGCCGGAGAGCGGGUCCGAGGAGCCAUGGCCGCCUCAGGGCCCGGUAUCUGGCGGAAGGAGCGACUGUGGAGCGGGUUGUUGGCGCUGGGCUUCAGCCCGUCCGGGGAUGAGGGCCGCCCGGGGGCACGCGGCGCCGGGGGAAAGCGUGUCGUGUUCAGCCGGGAUAUGUUUGACAAACCAAACAUGGAAGCAUUUCAAGUUGUCAUGCAUUUCUUGUUCUUACAAUUGGACCAAAAUCGGGCCAACUCUCUCUUCAGGGAUUGUUGGCCUAUUUAUGAUAAGAAAAGUGCUGCAUCCUUUAGGAAAAUGUGCUUUGAGUGGAUGAAGAAAAUUGCAGAAGAAGUUGGAAAUGAUUUUCCUCAAGUCACAGCAUCAUUACUUCUGUCUCCUGGAGGCCCUAAAUUUAGUAACUUAAUAUACCAUUUUAUAAAAUAUGUGCUCAUGUGCAAGUUUCAUGAAGCUGCAAACGACAGCACUUGGAAAACCAUGACAUUCAAAGGAAAACAAGAUUCCCAUUUAUCGGCAAUGAAAAGUUGUAUUGCAGCCAACCAGUUUUUGGAAGGAAUUCAGAGAGAAGCUUUUGUUGUUGGAGAGUACAAGAGAAGAGAAGAGUUAAUGGUUAAAGAAAAUUCAUUUCUGAAGAAACAGAAUGCAGAAAUGAAGAGUCAUCUGGAAAAGGCUACUUAUGGCUUUGCAGAAGCACGUAAUCAGAAACAAGAGGAGGUCCGUGAAAUGUGGAAUAUUGUAACAGACAUAUUGUCUGAAUUAGAAGAAGAAAAGGAAGUAAUUGAUUCGUUAUUGGAGGGGCGAGUGGAUCUGUACACACUUGAUGGAACAGAUGUCACAUUAAAAGUACCUAGACAACUCCUAAUUAAAAUUGAAGAUGAAGCCGACCAAAUUGGUGACUUGUACAAAGCUGGUAAACUGAAUCUUGCAGCAAUAAUCCAGCUAUGCAAUUCAUGUCUCGGUCUUCAUGAAGAUCAGCGUAACCAAGUGGGCCCAGCAGAACUCAAACAACAUCAUCUUACUUUGGAAAAAUCCGCAGAGUUCCUGAAAACCGAAUUCAUUGCAAUGAAGGAGAAAAGCCAGAAGAUAACACAAGAAAUUUUGCCAUCAGUGCAAGCUUCGAUAGUUAAAAUGGAUACUGCAUGGGAUAAGAAAUGGGAACAGUACUCCAAUAGAACUGGUUAUUCCCCAAUGAGGAGAAAAUAUCCUGUCCUUGAUCUUUUCCCAAAUAUGCCGCCAUUGUCUUUUGAACCAUCUUCAGAAGAAGCUUACAAAAGUAGUAUAUUUUAUACACACUUUGCUACACUUCCAGGGCUUGAAGAGUCAUGUGCAAGAAGUUCCAAAAAAGGUGAUAGUGGUAUAGAAAGUCUUACAAGAAGUUUUAACGACCUAAGCACAUCAAAGUUGCAAUGUUCUGGAAGGUUCAGCAUUCCGUUUAGAGAUCCAACUGAGGGAACUCACUUUACAUCUCUUGGAGAGGAAUCUGUUGAAAUCUCUUGGAAUAAAAGACAAUGUCUUGAAAGAAAGUCACAGAAUUCCUAUGCAAAUGCAAUGGAAAAACAGCAACAUACUAAAACUCCAAGUUCGUCACAUCUGACUAAACCUAAAAAUCUCUCUAAGAAAACAGAAGAGCCACUUGAGAAUGCUGUUGAUCAGUUGGCAGAAGACGUAGCAGAUACAGUCACCAAGGAUUCACUUGGGUUAGCUGAAAAGACAAAUGUCAUCCUUGAUGACCUAUUUGUCUCACCAAGAAAUCCUUUCACUGUACAAACAGAACUGCCAAGGACACCUGAAAGUUUGAAUAAGCUUUCUGCUAAUGGUCUUCGGUUUGUAGCAGAUACUGUCACUAAAGAAUCAUCUGUAUUAUGUGCAAAGGAAGAUGUUGCCCCUGAUGACUCAUGUAUCACGUCGAAAAAUCCUUUCACUGUACGAACAGAACUUCCAAGGACACCUGAAAACCUAAUUACAGACAUCAGGAACUCCUGGAGAUGUGCAGUUCAGGAAUCUGAACUUGAAUUAAAGAAACAUCAGGAAGAGUCUGUUUCGAUACAUCCAAAACAUGGAAAUCCUGCAAAUGGCCAAGUUCUGUUGGAGGCUGAAGGAUCUGCAUCUGCUGCAAGUGAAAAUCAAACAGGAUCUAAUGAGAAUACACUCAAAAGCAUUACUCCUCUGCCUUGUUCCAAGCAGAGCAAUUGGGAGGAAUCCAAAAUCGAUUGCUCAAAUGUUGGAUCAGAGAAUGAGCCACACCACUCCAGUAAUAAAGUUGCAGGUAGUGAUGCAGCUGAUACAUUGAUUCAUAAAAAUCAAUGUCCUCAUGAUUCCCAAAGUUUGGGUGAGGAUUGUGCCUUCACUUCUAAAACAAGUGCCACGAGCAAUGCAACUAUAACAAAUGAGACUGUUUCUGAUCACCUCCUACAAUUCUUGGCACUUGACAGGUUAAGUUCCAAGUCUCCAAUUAAGAAGGAAAAACUAUCAAAAAGUUUUGUAAUGGAAAUGUGUAAAUAUGAUACAAAUUCUGAAAAUGUUGGGUCCUUUUCAUCCUCUGAGUGUGACUUAGACCGGACAGUACCUUGGAAUGGAUCACAAAAUUUUGAUUCUGAUCUCUCCACCUCAACAAAGCUGAGGUUUGGAAUUUUGCAGGAGACUAUUCCUGAUGUGCUCGAUGAUGAAAGUUUGAACAGUUCCAGAAAUAUGGAGGUUGGUCAGCUGGAUGACUACCAUUUGGACAUAAAGAAUUUGCGCAGUAGAUUUGAGCGAGUGUGUAAAGGUUUAGCCACCACAGUGUAUGAUGGAAGUGAAGAAAAAUGUUCAGUUGAACAUACGGAGACUUCUGAUUUCCAUAGUAACGGCAAUACUAAAAACGAUUAUAAGGCAGAACAUGACAGUGAAAUUGAUUCUAUCGAUGAUGAAACUGGUUCAGAUAAACUCUUUUCCUUAGAAACAGAAUUUUUGAAAGAUCUUUCACUAGUGUCUUUGGAAUUUCCUCCUUCAUUGGGAGGCUCUCUUUUGAAUGACCCAGUGGUUGAAGAUGACGUCCUUGGUUUUUCCGAGCACAGUUUUUCCAAGAAUGACCAAUCUCUAAGUGCUAUUGAUUGUGAAAAAUCCUGUACCAGCGUGGGACAAUAAGUAAACUUCUGGCAGGGCCUGAGUAUUUCAAUAAGAACUUAGGAAAUAGCUGAAGAAACAUAGGAGUUCCUCAAGCCCAGUAUGUCAUCCUGUAUUUUCAUCUUCUGCCUCCUUGCCACUUGUCUGCCUUCCAAUUCCUUUACUUGAGAUCUGAAGUCUUGAUCUAUUUCAGCCUUUAAUACAUACAAUGAUAGAGCAUCCCCAGUCCUCUGCAGAUAGUUCCAUAGAUUCACAAUCUUUUAAUUGAAGAAAUUUCUCCUAAUCUCCGUUUCAAAUGAUCAAUCCCCUUGAUCUGAGAUUGUACGCCUCUUUCUAGGUUCCCCAGCCAGUGGAAACUACGAAGAAACUAACAAAGCCUAUGCUAUAUACCCCUUCAGGAAUUAUUUUGCACUUGCAUUGCCUCUCAUUCCAAACCUGGGGAUUGUGUACAAUCUAUUUACUUGGCUAUUCAGUCCUUUAAUUGCAGGGACCAAUCUAAUGAAUCUUUGGCUGUACUCUUCAUAGUUUCGUUAAAUAUGGAGACCCAAAGAUGUACAAGUAGUUUAGAUGUCUCACUAAAACCCUGUGCAGCUGUAGUGAGAUACCAGCAUUUUCUUGAUGACUGAUGUCAGGUCGGCUGGUCUGUCAUUUCCUGAUUUCUCUGCUCCCUCUUUUUUUUUGAAUAGUAAGUGUACAUUUACUACCAUCCAAUCCACUGGAACCUUUCCAAAACCCCUGCGAUUUCAGGAAAUCUUAACCAGUGUAUGUUGUAUCAUUGCAGCUACCUGAGUGCAAACUGACCUAGAGUGUUUGGAUGAAAGGGAAAUAGCAUUGGAUGGCCCAAAUGCCCUACUGUUGUUUCUUUUAUUUUUUUAAUGGGUGGCGCAGUAUUACUUUUUAUAUCUGCCUUGAUUCUAGUUAAGAAUAAUGAAAUGUGUCCAUCCAAAAUUACAUUUUAAGGUCCCCUUCCCUCCAGUUUCAAGUAUGAGUAUAGGAAGACUUGUCGUUUUUAGUAUUUGUUCGUAAUCUUUAAAAUAUCACACUGGAUUGAAACUUUCAAAUUAGUAGUUUGGCAUUCAGGCUAUAGGAGCAUAGAUCGAGAUUGCUCCUAUCUAAUUGAAACCCAACCUCUAGCUUGCAUGGAAAUGCUGAACACUGACAUUGUAUGAAAGUUGAAAAUAUACCCAUGGUGAUAACAUCCUUCACAUUGGAGGUGAAUUUUAAAGAACGUAAACAUCUUACAACCGGAUCACUUUCUUGGUCACCAUUUCUUCCAGAUUUUGUGUGACUUGACUUUUGUACUUGUAAUUAAUAAAUAAAGCAUUUUAUAGCUAAUGAAGUAAAA